AUGGGUGAAUCCAGACAAGAGCUACUGGCAUGGCUGAACAAUCUCCUCCAACUCAAUAUCACCAAGGUCGAGCAAUGUGGUACUGGGGCUGCGUACUGCCAAAUUUACGACUCAAUAUUUUUGGAUGUACCAAUGUCACGAGUCAAGUUUAAUGUCAACACCGAAUAUGCCUAUAUCCAAAAUUUCAAAGUCCUGCAGAACAUCUUCGCACGCCAUCAGAUAGAUCGCCCCGUCCCCGUUGAAAUGCUCAUCAAAUGCCGUAUGCAGGAUAACCUCGACUUCCUCCAGUUUACCAAGCGAUUUUGGGACCAGAACUACCCAGGAGGGGAGUAUGAUGCCGUGGGCCGACGAAAGGGCUCUGGAGCGCCUCUUGCUUUAGCCUCUUCAUCAAGACCUGGAACAUCGUCCGCUGCCGGUGGCCGUCGCGGCACUACUCCUACCGUGGGUGCUGCACGGCCCAGAGUUGGCGGCGGCGGCUCAGCAAACACCGCAGCGCUGACUCAAGAGAUCAAUGCCCAAAAAGAAGCGAUCGCUGGCUUGGAAAAAGAGCGUGACUUCUACUUUGCCAAACUUCGGGACAUCGAGGUUUUGCUACAGCAGGCUGUGGAGGCGGAUCCCGACCUUGAGAAGGAGGAAGAUUCUCUCAUCAAGCACAUUCAGGCCAUUCUGUAUUCGACAGAGGUUAGUGCACACGGUGAUGUUCGAACCGCGAUUCUUAUUGUCUGGAGAUAUACGCGAUGUUAUUCUGAAAAUGCUAACGGAUUUGGUUUUUUUUUAGGAGGGAUUCGAAAUUCCGGCCGAGAAUGA